AUGGAAGUUAACAUGAAUGCAUCAUUUGAGCGAGACCAAUGUGUGCCUCUAGUAACAGAGACGUCAGGCUACAUUCGCCGUCCUUCUUCCUUUCCAUACCAAUACUAUCCUCCAACUUUCAUCAACAACAACCCCUAUCCAGGUCGCUUCGUUGGAAGAGGCAGUGUUCGGCAGUUAUACAGACCCAGGGACGUAGAACUCAACUGUAACUUUUACGAAUCAAAUGUACAACUCGUUUCUAAUGUUGUUUGGGAGAAGAUUGAAGGGCCUUACCCCUACGCCCACGAUCCACCUCCUUAUGACUGUCCUAGAUGUUCCUUUCACGAUAUUGAAAUUGACAACUACCGUUACAACGUUCGAGACUUUCGUGAUAUUUCUGUCCUUCGUAUCAAGGACGUUUUAAACGAUGAUUAUGGCAUCUACCGCUGCAGUGGUACAUCUCAACUAUCGAGCUUUGGUGACACUGAGACGGUUUAUCAGAUUGUCGAGUUUUUUCAAUAAAUUUUACUUGAUUCGUAAAUUUUCCAAAGAUUCACGUGGAGUUUUUCGAUUCAUUUAAAAUCAACAAUGUGUAAGUAAA